GUGAUCAGCAUACCGCUCGGCACGUUCGUGAAAGGGCUCUUCAGCAUGCUGGUGGCGAUCGUGCUGCUGGGCUUCGUGUGCUGCGCAGUGCUCAAGGCUGCAGGAACGGCGCGGCCGGUCCCGACAUCUCCAGAGCCAGGCAGUGAGAAGGAGUUUGUACCGACACAGAUCCCGAAGGAGAAGAAGGUGAAGUUGAGUACGGUCAAGUGGGACAUUGGUUGCCAGGGACCAGUCAACUACACGAGUGUUGGGCGACCCGACGGACAAUACGGACAGUACAAACACGUGACGAAUGGAUUUCGGCGAGGCUGGGAGGUUACCCGUGAGCUGCACAUUGUGCAGCAGAAGCCGCACCAUGAGUGACGGUGCCCCGGCAAGUCUUGAUUUGCAUCCUGUUCCAGUCUCGUGCUUUCUUUCCCCACUCUCUCAAUGAAGCUAUUUCAGCAGAGGCAUGCGACUACUUUGUUUGGCGCAGUUUCUCUCGAGCAAGGCAGAGUUGGUGUCCGGACGCCAGUUUGGGCGGUCGAGCCGACGAUAAUGAUCUGCGAGCUGCUGUGGUGUUCUUUUAUUUUUCACGUAAUUGAGGUGAGAGUUUUACAAGUUUUCAUUCCCUUUCUUACCAGUGUGAAUUGCACUCCGUACAAUGUGUUUUCAGAGGUGUUUCUGACUAAUCUGUUAGAGCAACACCCUCCCCCCCCAGCAG